AUAUGAAAUCUUGGCUCAGGAUGGGCUUUAGAUUUAAAACCUGAUAUAUAUACUUAUCCUGUUUCAGUUCUGUUGUGGAUUUUCUUAUAUUCAGAGCUAGCAUGCUUUGGUUGAUCUCAUUUGCUUUUAAUACUUCUAAGAAGAAGAAAAGCAGUGAUCUCAAAUAUAACGUAUUGGGAUGGGUGAUCCUUGCUGUAGGGAUUGUUGCUUGGGUAGGAUUUGCAAAAUCUCAUGUGCCACCUCCUCCACCAGCUCGAUAAGUGGGUGCACCUCGUGCAUUUUGGAGAUACAAUCAGUCUAUAGACUCUGUAGGUGAUGAUUUUUUUUUUUUUUUUGAUCAGCCAAAGAAAAAUUAAUUUAAUGAAGCACAAGGGGUGCU